UAUAUUAUAUAAAUAUUAAAAUAAAUCGUACGAUGCUCGAUAUAUUAGUUACAGGAGGAGCUGGUUAUAUAGGAAGUCACACUGUUAUUGAACUAUUAAAUGCAGGAUACAAUCCAAUAAUCGUUGAUAAUUUUAGUAAUAGUGUAAAAGAUCAUAAUAAUAAAGCUGAAAGCCUAAAAAGGGUAGAAGAAAUAACAGGUAAAAAUGUCACGUUUUUUCAAGUUGAUUUAUUAAACAUCAAAGAUCUUGAAAAAAUAUUUAUUAAAUAUUCAUUUUUUUGUGUUAUACAUUUUUCUGGCUUAAAAUCAGUGAGUGAGUCAAAACAAAUUCCAUUGAAAUACUAUACUGUUAAUUUAGGUGGGACAUUAAAUCUAUUAAAUACCAUGUUUAAAUUUAAUGUCAAAAAUAUAAUAUUCUCAAGUUCAGCAACAGUUUAUGGGGAGCCACAAUAUUUACCUAUAGAUGAAAAACAUCCUGUUGGUAAUUGUAUAAAUGCUUAUGGAAAGAGUAAAUAUUUUAUUGAAGAAAUUCUGAGGGAUUUAGCAGAAUCAGAUAGAUCCUGGAACAUUGUCAUACUCAGAUAUUUUAAUCCAAUCGGAGCUCAUAAAUCGGGAAAAAUUGGCGAAGAUCCGCUUGAUAUUCCUAAUAAUCUGAUGCCUUACAUAUCUAAAACUGCAAUGGGCAUAUUUCCCAAAUUAAAUAUUUUUGGCAAUGAUUAUUCCACCGUCGACGGCACAGGUGUCCGAGACUACAUACAUGUGGUAGAUUUAGCUAAGGGGCAUGUGUGUGCCCUUAAAACCAUGACUCCAAAAAUUAAUAACGGAUCUUUAAAUAAUAGCAAACAAGGUAAGGAGGCUCUAAGUCAUAAAGAUGAUAAAAGUGAUGGCGUCAGGAUAUAUAACUUGGGAGUAGGAAAAGGUUGUUCUGUGUUAGAACUCAUGCAUAAUUUCGAAAAAGUUUGCGGUAAAAAGAUUCCUUAUGAAUUUCAAGCACGUAGAGCUGGGGACACCGCCUCUUGUUAUGCUGAUGCUUCGUUAGCGCUCAAGGAGCUAAACUGGAAGGCUGGGAUGGAUAUUAACGAGAUGUGUCAAGAUACUUGGAAUUGGCAGAAAAAUAAUCCUAAAGGCUUUGCAACUGAAAAAAUUUAGUAUAAUUUAUGGAAUAAUUCACGAACAUUAAUUUAUGAACAUAAUUUUUUAAAGUUGGGUCAAUUUUUAAAAAAAGUUAU